ACCAUCGGACAUAGACCACUGCUCUGUACUUUAAUUUUAUUAUUAAAGUAUCUAUCCAUAACUCAAUUAUCACUUAAAAUUAUGUAGUUUCUUUAAUGUGGCGUUCCAGAUAUAGUUGCAUUUACUGCUAUGUAUUGUACUUAAUAAAGUAACGUGUUUUGAUUCCGCCCUAGUCUCGCGUAGUGUAGUGUUUCACGAUGGGUAAUAAAGACGAUAGUGUGUUCCUGGCGAAGUAUUCAGCCUUCAGCCCGUACCGGUUGUUCCGACGUGAGGUGGGGUUCGCGCCGCCGCUGGGCGCCGGUAACGCGCUGGCCCGCAGCCUCUACUGCGGCAUGAAACCCAUCGCCUCUUGGAGCUCCGAAGACGCGAAUGCCCUUCCCACGGGAGGCGUGUUCAACCUUGAAUUUUCACCGGACGGGUCCCUAUUGGUGGCAGCAUGUGAGAAGAAAUCUAUACAGAUAUUUGACUCACUCACUCACCGGAGGAUACACACAGUCAACGGAGCCCACUCUGAUUGUGUUAAUUGUGUCAAAUUCCUAGACGGGCGAAUGUUCGCCACUUGCUCCGACGACACAACCAUAGCACUCUGGGACGUCCGGAACCUAAAAAAGAAGAUUUGCUCACUUCUCGGCCACAGCAACUGGGUCAAAAACAUAGAGUUCUCAAUGAAAGACAAGCUUCUUGUCACUUCGGGUCUAGACGGGAGUAUAUACACUUGGGAUAUUAAUUCGUAUUCGGAGUGUAACCUGGUGUACCAAAGAGUGUUCCACGCUAGCGGGCUCAUGCGGUGCCGGCUGUCGCCGGACGCGCGGCAGAUGGUCAUGUGCACGACCCGUGGCCUGCUGGUUAUUGUCCAUGAUCUCAACUUGAGUACGUUGGCGCAAGAUCUGCAUGGGUUCAAGCCCAACAUGUACAGACUGAUGCAAACGAGCAACCAGCUGAUCCCAAUAGCGGCGCAGUACGACCACCUGUUCGACUCCAAGCGCAGCCAGAACCGUAUCGAGUUCAUAAGCGACUUCCCGGAGGGCAACGACGCCGAGGUUGUUAGUGCGUUACAGAUUCAUCCUCUAGGAUGGAGCGCAUUAAGUAGAAAUAUAAGCCACGACGACAGAUCAGAGUGGUCGUGCAUCCACGACAUCCAGCCGGCGGAGAGCGGGCGCGACAAGUCGGUGCGGUCGGCGGCGCCGGCGCCGGCCGCGCGGCCCGCGCGCGCGCGCCGGCCGCCGCGCCGCCCGCGCCCGCGCCCCUACCGCCAGCCGCGCCCGCAGGCCGCCGUCACGCCCGCGCUGCCCGAGCAACCAGCGGGCGCGACAAGUCGGUGCGGUCGGCGGCGCCGGCGCCGGCCGCCGCGCCGCCCGCGCCCGCGCCCCUACCGCCAGCCGCGCCCGCAGGCCGCCGUCACGCCCGCGCUGCCCGAGCAACCCGGCACGUCUGCGCUGUCGCGGCGCGCCUGGGCGGAGAACCGCGCGGCCGCGGCGCCGCGCGCGCCCGCCGCCGUGCCGCCCUCCGCGCGCGUGCCCGAGCCGAGACUGGGCGGGGACUUAUCCUCUAUUCAGAACGAUGUAUGGGAGGCGUCCAUCACGAUCAAACAACACAGAAUGCUGCAAGAGUUGGCGGGCAGAGGGCAGGGGCACCGCAACUUCAACAUGCAGCGCAUCAUGGGCAUCAACACCGGCAUCGCGCCGCCUGCCGUGCGCCCGCGCGUCCGGCCCCGCGCCGACGAGGACGAACAGAGCAUAUCGCCCUCAACGUCCGGGCAGACGCCCCGGGCGGCGUCGCCGGAGCCGGAGAGCGAGGCCACCAAGCACUACAUCCGGCAGAACCGCGACCGCCUGCUCUACUACAUCGAGGAGACCAAUGAGGGGAAAGGGUUUAUCAAAGAGUUGUGCUAUUCGGCGGACGGGCGUCUAGUGUGCUCCCCGUUCGGGUGCGGCAUGCGGCUUCUGGCGCUCGACGACCGCUGCGGCGAGCUCUCGCACUGCGUCGAGAACUUCUCCGGCCCCAGACCCAUGGUGGACGUGGGCCAAAGUCUAGGACACCAUCAAGACCUAGUGGUGAGCUGCAAGUUCAGCCCUCGCUACCACCUGCUCGUGACCGGCUGCCUCGAGGGAAAGAUCGUGUGGUACGAGCCCUUCAGUGGCGAGACUAUGUAUUAGAUACUUAAUUAUAUUAACCAUAUCAAAUAUC